UUGUUUUACUUUUUAUAAGUUUUAUAAUUUCUUAGCUGGCUCACUAACGUUAGCUGCUGUUAAAGCUACAUUGAGGAAUCAGUGAGAACAAAGCAGCUUCACGGAGAGGACGGGACUUCAUGCAGUCACUGUGGCUAAUGUUAAGCUAGCUGUUGAUGGUCAGUAAACCGCUGCUGGCUGCUGCUUGAUAAACCAGAACAUUUCUUUUUCUUCUUCUACAUGUGUUAAACACAGAAGAUGGAACAUGUGGCUGCAGAGGCUUUCAAGCUGGUUAAAAGCAGCCAGACUCAGUAAUUGAGUAAUUAGUUAAGUAAUGUAAUUACUAUUUAAAGGAGCAAUAUGUAAUAUGUAAAGGAUUGCAUUUUUCAAGUAGCUUGCCUUACACUGUCUGGAACACUUUUCAUUCAUCAAGUUGAGACAAGCAAUUCACAAGUUUGUGCAGUUUUGUGAUUCUGACUUGACUCAUACAAGCAAACCUCACAAAAAAGAGUAAGAGAGAUUUAUGAUAAGAAAAUGUUCUUGCAUGAUGUCCAGUGACUGCACCCUGUAUCUCAAAAGUCCUGUUGUCUCAGUGGGCUUGCUUUGUUUGCUAAAUGUUGUAACUCCAUUAUAAAGAAAACCCAGAUGACACUUAUAUGGAUGCAUACUCUUUGGGGAUUAGCUCGAUAACUGAUAACAUAUGAAUAUAUGCUGAUUCCAGUCAUUCUGCAGAUGUAGAUGGAACUGCCUCUGCUGGCUAAAUAUGUCCUGUCUGAGGACAUUCCCCUGUUUCUUUCAUGUUCCAUAUUACUGGCAACAAUAGAAUUGGCUUUAAAGCAGAAUGGCCAUGCCAACAUACAGAGGCACCCGUAUGACUGAUAGACCUGUUGGAUCCUUACGUUGAAUAAAAUAUAACAUUUUGACACGUCACACUCUGUGGAUGCAGUUACAUGCUGUUAGUGCCGCUGACUCGCUCACUGUUGAAGAUCCUCAGCAGUGAUGGUGCAUGUGUUUCCUUUAUCCAUGGCUAUUAAAGUGCUGCUGAGCCCCAGUCCAGUCAGUGAGAAAUGGAUGAAUGCUUCAUCACCCCCCCACAGUGGGUGUUGGAUUUCACUACCAUACCAUGAGAAAGUGGAUUUGUUGCAGCAUUUCUCCCAGAUGGUGGUCAAUGCCAACAACGUGUCCUUAUCAAUGGAUGACCAGAAGUGUCUUACUCUUCAAAUUGGCCUUUAUGCCAACCUGAUAAUGGCCACACAGCAGAUGUUCGGACCAAGGUUUUGCGAUGAGUUCAGUGUACUGCUGGAGCUGCGCAGCUCUCAGAAGGAGGAGAGCAGUGUGAUGACUCUGUUAAACUCCCAGCAUCAUAUCCACUUGCAGCUCCGCCUCGGCCCACAUUCACUCACCUUCAUCUCCACCCAACACAGAGAAUAUGAGUUUCCAGUGAGGUCUAUGUGUGAUGGCCAGUGGCACCAGGUAUCACUGGGUGUGUCUACACUCUGGCUGGAGGUUUAUGUGGACUGUUGGCUGGUGGAGAGGGUGAACUGGGCCUAUCCUUGGCAGGGCAUCUCCACUGAUGGCCUGCUGAUGGUUGGAGGCAGCCUGGAGGGCUUUGAGACACCCUUUGAGGGUGCAGUGAGACAAAUGACCUUUGUGAUGGGGGAUCCAGACGCUGCAAGAGGCCACUGUACUCUCCACCAGCCUGCCUGUAACCCAACAACCUCCAACACACACUGGAACUUGCGCUCUGGCACCAGGCCCCAUGACUCAUCUAACAGUGCAGAAGGAUCUGCAGACGGGGAGUCCAUACAUCGGGAUCACCUGCACUCAACUACAUUUGAGUUGCUUGUUGAUGAACCUCACAUCCUGGUGGCCACCAACAGUGAAGACAGAACACUUCAUGACAUUGAAUCCCCGCCAACUAACCGAACAUUAGAUGAAAAUAUCGUCCAGAGAGGUGCUGCGGACACAGACUUAUACAACCUUGGCGACUUAACCUCACCUGAUUCCCUGCCACAAAAAUCUGAAGUUAAACCUCACAACAUUAAUUUCCUGAUGGAGGAGAACAUGGUACCAUCAGGGGUGUCAAAGGGACAUUCGGAGACGCACAGCCAUCACAUUCUCCUAAGAAACAAUGAUGGAGUGAGGUUGUCCAGUCUGCAGCAGAGAGACUCAUCGCUAUCGGUACCUGCUAGUGGAACAGGGACCAUCAUCUAUGGAUCAGACCAGAGAAUCUAUCGAAUCCACAAAGGCCCUUCAGGUCUGAUUGGACCACAGGGGAAAAGAGGAUGUGCUGGGAGAGAAGGCUAUAUUGGAUUUAAAGGUGACAAGGGUUCUCAAGGCAUACAAGGUGUGGAUGGGAAGAGAGGGGAACCGGGGCCUCCAGGACCUCCAGGACUUCCCACUCUGUACCUAUGGCGGAACUCUGAGGAGGACUGGACUGCUUUUAGGAGAUCAUCCUUCUAUCAAAUGCUCAGAGCUGGCUGGCCGGUGAAGCCUGGCCCACCUGGAAUGAUGGGUGAAACGGGCAAGCCUGGCGCUCCAGGUAUUCCUGGCGACCCUGGCAAUAAAGGAAUACCAGGACAGAGAGGAGACAUGGGUUACUUUGGGCCAAGAGGUGUCACCGGCCAGGCAGGGAGGUGGGGCAGGAAUGGCAGUCAAGGAGUGGAUGGGCGUCGUGGGCCACCAGGGCUACCUGGCAUCCAGGGUCCCAGAGGUUUUAAGGGUGAAGCAGCUCCACAAGGGGAGAAAGGAGAUGAGGGUUUCACUGGUGAGCCUGGACCAACUGGAGACAGAGGGAGAACUGGGGGAAAGGGAUCUAAAGGAGAACCAGGAGAAGCUGGACCUGUUGGCCCUCCUGGUCCUUUAGGUAAAAGAGGCAUUCCGGGGCUUCCUGGAGCACCAGGGCCACAGGGAGACACUGGGGAUGAUGGAAUGAAGGGUCCUGCGGGAUCGGUGGGUGCGCCAGGGGCCACUGGCGGUAUAGGACCACGUGGACAGAAUGGGUCUGAGGGUGAUCCAGGUCCAGGUGGUCCACGAGGCCGUAAAGGCCCUCCAGGACCUGCAGGAUUAGCAGGAGUGACAGGCUCACCUGGACCUCGAGGAGCUCAGGGACAACCAGGCAGUGAUGGCCCCCAUGGUCCAAAAGGGGACAUGGGUGAAAUAGGGCGUAUGGGAACAAAAGGAUUGCCUGGCAUUGAAGGGCUCAUGGGGAUAACUGGGAGUCCUGGUCCAAAAGGAUUUCCAGGUGCCACAGGCUUCAGAGGGCUGGAUGGUGACAAAGGAGAGGCUGGACCCAAAGGCGACAGAGGCCUUCCAGGUGUUUCAGGGAUCCAGGGUAGUCAGGGAGAGAGGGGUGAACAUGGCACCUCAGGUCUUCCAGGAGUGAGAGGUCAACCUGGGCCCAAAGGAACAGAGGGUGAAGAGGGGGAGACAGGCCUCCAGGGAACGUUUGGGAAACAGGGGCCAAAGGGUAACAGAGGUAACUCUGGACAAAAUGGGAAGUUAGGACCCAAAGGACCAAGGGGUCGCACAGGACUCCCUGGCUUGUUUGGUUUACCUGGCCUGCCGGGUUUUAGAGGCCGAGGUGGGAUUGAGGGACCGGAAGGAAAGCCUGGUACACAGGGUGGUCCUGGUUCUGCUGGCUCUCCUGGCCCUAAAGGAGACAGAGGAUUUCCAGGUGUGGCUAGUGAUGCAGGGCAGACAGGUUCUCCAGGAGCCCUGGGUCCUCCAGGAAAGCCAGGUCAAGAUGGGAUUCCUGGACCAGCUGGGGAGACGGGCUUCACAGGGAAACCGGGGUUUAUGGGCCCCCAGGGGCCAGUGGGCAUGUAUGGUUACCCAGGAGCACUGGGUCUGACUGGGAGACCAGGUCACAUGGGGCAAAGGGGAGAUGCUGGUGUCAGAGGCCGUCCUGGCGUCCCAGGAAAGACUGGACCUCCCGGUUUGCAGGGCCCUCCUGGUGAGAGAGGGUCUCCAGGACCACAGGGCCGUCAAGGAGAGUUGGGGCCCAAAGGCAUUCACGGACCACCAGGCCCUUCAGGCAAGCCAGGACCACAAGGUGGCAUGGGGAGCCCUGGUCCCAUAGGUAGCCAAGGGCCUCCAGGGCCACCAGGGUCAGCUGGACCUAGAGGGUUUCUAGGAACAACAGGGACUACUGGACUGAUGGGUCAGGCUGGAGAGAAAGGAGAGCAGGGAGCAGUGGGUCCUGCUGGUGAUGUUGGUGCUCCAGGUCUGAAUGGGCAGAAGGGUCCUCCAGGGACAGCUGGUGAAGAAGGGACUCCCGGAACAAAAGGUGACCAGGGAGUUCCAGGCCCCCAGGGACAACCAGGGCCCAAAGGACCAAAGGCAGAGCCGGGACUUCAGGGUUCCCAGGGGCUGAAGGGUGAGCCUGGACUGAGGGGCAAAGAGGGAGAUGUUGGAGAGCCUGGCGUUCCUGGGGAUCUAGGUGCUAAAGGAGCAAAGGGAGACGUGGGAAAUCGUGGCUUAUUGGGGUCAGAGGGACCCUCAGGGGUCCCAGGAACACAAGGGCCAAGAGCGUCAAAAGGAGAAAAGGGUUAUGCCGGUUUAAUGGGGCAGGGCGGCCUGGUGGGAAAAGUUGGACCAUCAGGCUUAUUAGGACUACAGGGGUCUCCAGGGAUUUUGGGGAUUCCAGGGCCUGAUGGACCACCAGGAAUCAAGGGAAACAAAGGUCCUGCUGGUUUGACUGGAGAUCCAGGGACUUCAGGUCUCAAGGGGGUGGCAGGACGCAGAGGUGUGAAAGGUGACAUGGGAAAGACUGGACCAGUGGGGUCUGCGGGGAUUGGAGGAAGACCAGGUGAGCCUGGUAUGAAAGGGUUUUCUGGACCUGUGGGGCUGAGAGGAGAGCCUGGAGAGAAAGGGGAGCCAGGAGAGCCGGGUCCUGAUGGCCUGACAGGAAUUGAAGGACCUACAGGAUCAUCAGGACCAGAGGGUAUAGAGGGUGAGAUUGGACUUCAGGGUCCUGUUGGCCCUCCAGGACCUCAGGGACCAAAGGGUAGACCUGGACCGGAGGGAAGGACAGGACAAAAAGGUCGAAAGGGGGAUGAUGGCAAAAGUGGACGUCCAGGGAAGGAUGGACGCAUUGGGAAGACGGGGAAAAGAGGAAAAGCUGGAAAUAGAGGCCUAAGAGGCAGGCGAGGUGAAAAGGGGAAGAUGGGUGAUUUGGGUCCAUUUGGUCUUCUAGGGAGACAUGGAACAUAUGGUGAAGCUGGCGCCCGUGGAGAAAAGGGUGAAAUGGGUAGACCAGGCUUCAAGGGGGAACCGGGAGUUCUAGGACCACCUGGCCCUCCUGGUGGAGAGGGGUUAAAGGGAGUGCAAGGUGCCACUGGAGAGCCAGGGAAAUCAGGUCAAAAAGGAGAGCAGGGGGAUAUUGGUCCACCUGGCAGACGAGGUGCUCCAGGCCUGCCUGGGCUGCCUGGUUUGUUUGGACAAAAGGGCCUAAAAGGAUUCACUGGACCACCAGGAAUCUUUGGAGAGCGAGGGUUGCCUGGUCCACCUGGUCCACCUGGACCCCCAGGCACCUCAGUGAACCUCACAUUGACACAGCUGAAGGAGCUCAUGUACAUGUCAGACAAACCCAACUACAUCCUGAUGCAGACGCUGUUGGAAGGCCUCCAAAGAGAUCUCCGCUGGUUCAUAAACCCACCAGACGGCAGCAAACAACACCCAGCCACUACGUGUCUGGAGCUGUGGCUCGCUCACCCCAACUCCACUAACGGAAUAUAUUACAUUGAUCCCAACCAGGGCAGCCCAGCUGAUUCUUUUCAAGUUUACUGUGACUUCACAGCAGAACCAAAGACCUGCCUGUCUCCACUCCAGCCUCAGGUCCCAAUAAAAGCUUGGCUGAAGGAUUCAGGCACCAACAUGUCAUUUCACUGGCUGAGCAGAGUUGAAGAUGGCUUCCAGUUUGAGUAUACAGGAGCAGAUGUGGUGCAGAUGAGGUUUCUGAGACUGAACAGCAGAUUGUCCACUCAGACCAUCACCUACUCAUGCCAGCAGGGAAGCAGACAGAGCCACACAGAGAGGGAAGUGAAGUUCCUGGCUGAUACUCGGACACAGAGUUACCUGGGGGCACUGCGACACUGUGUGCCCUCAAAGGAACUGGAGUCAGGAGCCCAGAAAUCUGUUUUUCAAUUUGAGAGUGAAGAUCUUCAGCUGCUGCCUCUCAGGGACCUGGCAGUGUUCGGCAACAAAGAAGAGACUGAGGAGUUUGGCUUCACCAUAGGACCAGCAUGCUUCAGCUAGGGAGGCACCCUGUCUCUUAGCAUAACAUCUGUGUGGUGGUCUGCAGCUACGAAGGCAAACCAUGUAUUUCUGGCACUUUGAUACUGUCUUUCAUCGCAUUACAUCAUUUUUGAGUUGGCAUUACUUGCUAGUUAAGCCUUGGCAUACCAGCUAAGUUUCUGUGGACGUCCAGUGACUUUAGAGAUCUUGUUGCUUGCAGUUGGAAUUAUGGGUCAAAAAUGAGCAAGCACAACCAAAGCAGGCUGAAGAUCAUCCAGGAGAUUUCCUCUGCACAAACUAACUGUUGGCUUGCCCACUUUUUAGACCAAGGAUAUUUUGAACCUGAAAUUCUUGACAUUGACUGUCUUUGUACAUUUUGUUUGUCUGUAUUUGUGUUUUUGAAACCUGCUUAUUUAUGUAACUGAUUGACAUUCAUGUAAUUAUUUUUAAUUUUGAUUCAGGUGCUCGUUUACUUGACAGUUGUGUUGGGUAACAGAUAAUAUGAUAGCUUCUUCCAUUUUGGACUAUACAGUUGUCCAUGUUCCCUCAAAGAUCAGUAACAUCAAGAUGGUUAACAAUUGGUUAAUGGUGCAAAUUCAUAUGUCAACGUCUGCCAUAUGAAUUUGCAUAUGGCAGACGCCAUAUGGAUUGACAUCACUCAGCUAAUCAUAUGAGUGCUGAUCACAGUUUUGACCCUCUACUCAUGUAGCUUUUAUUUCAAAAUAAGAUUGCACAAGUAAGGUGAAGAUACCUUCAUCCUAGAUCAACAAAUCAAUCUAUUAACUGCAUUUGAAGAACAGCCUGAUAUAUUGGCUGAUGUUAGGUCAUCACAGAUGUAACAUAUCGGCAUAUAAGAUUAGAUUUAUUGUCACCUUAGGGAAAUUUGUCUUGGGCUCAGCAUCAAUGUGUCAUGGAGCAUUUUUCUCCAGACAUUCUUAGCAGCAUUCUUACAAACAUUCAUACAUUAAAAUAGAUAAUAAGAGUCAAACUCCAUACAUUCAACAGAAAAAAACAAUAAAGAUUUAUAUAAGUAUGUCAGUGCAGAAAUGCCAAAAAUAUGUUUGAGGUCAUUUACAAACAGUGUCUCCACCAGAGAAUACUGACAAGCUUAUUUUAACUGUAACAUGUCCCG